UCCCGGAGUAGUUAGUGCCAGUGAAGUGCGGGCGGCGGUGAGAGCGAAAGUUGCGCCCGGCUCGGCGCUGGGGGCCUGAAGCGGCUCGGCGCUCCGCCCGCCAGGGCUGCCCCAGCCCCGACUCGCGCCCGCGGGCUCCUGCCGCGCGCGCCCGGCCCCGCGCCCGCCCGCGCCGUCUCCCCCGGCCCGCCGCCCCCUCCUCAGGAGCCGCGGGCCCCCGCCGCUUCGGCCCGGCCAGGCCCCCGCCGAUGCCGGCCAUGGUGGAGAAGGGCCCCGAGGUCUCAGGGAAGCGGAGAGGGAGGAACAACGCGGCUAGUGCGGCCGCCUCGGCCGCCGCCGCUUCGGCCGCCGCCUCGGCCGCCGCCGCCGCCUCCUCGGCCGCCGCCGCCUCCUCGGCCGCCGCCGCCUCCGCCUCGGCCGCCGCCGCCCCCAGUAACGGGCAGAAUAAAAGUUUGGCGGCGGCGGCGCCCAAUGGCAACAGCAGCAGCAACUCCUGGGAGGAAGGCAGCUCGGGCUCGUCCAGCGACGAGGAGCACGGUGGCGGCGGCAUGCGGGUCGGACCCCAGUACCAGGCGGUGGUGCCGGACUUCGACCCCGCCAAACUAGCAAGACGUAGUCAAGAACGAGACAAUCUUGGCAUGCUUGUCUGGUCGCCCAAUCAGAAUCUGUCAGAAGCAAAAUUGGAUGAGUACAUUGCCAUCGCCAAGGAGAAGCACGGGUACAACAUGGAGCAGGCUCUUGGGAUGCUCUUUUGGCAUAAGCAUAAUAUUGAAAAAUCAUUGGCUGAUUUGCCCAACUUUACCCCCUUCCCAGAUGAGUGGACUGUGGAAGAUAAAGUCUUGUUUGAGCAAGCCUUUAGUUUUCACGGGAAAACUUUUCAUAGAAUCCAACAAAUGCUCCCUGACAAGUCUAUAGCGAGUCUGGUGAGGUUUUACUACUCCUGGAAGAAGACGAGGACUAAGACCAGCGUGAUGGACCGCCACGCUCGCAGACAGAAGCGGGAGCGGGAGGAGAGUGAGGAUGAACUGGAAGAAACAAAUGGAAAUAACCCCAUUGACGUUGAGAUUGAUCAAAACAAAGAAAGCAAAAAGGAGGUGCCCCCUACUGAGACAAUUCCUCAGAUCAAAAAAGAAAAACAUAGUACACAAGCUAAAAACAGAGCAAAAAGGAAACCUCCGAAAGGAAUGUUUCUUUCUCAAGAAGACGUGGAGGCUGUUUCUGCCAAUGCCACUGCUGCUACUACCGUGCUGAGACAGCUGGACAUGGAGCUCGUGUCUAUCAAGCGACAGAUUCAGAAUAUUAAACAGACGAACAGUGCUCUAAAAGAAAAACUUGAUGGUGGAAUAGAACUGUAUCGACUUCCAGAGGUCAUUCAGAAAUGUAACGCACGGUGGACCACAGAAGAACAGCUUCUCGCCGUACAAGCCAUCAGGAAGUAUGGCCGAGAUUUUCAGGCAAUCUCAGAUGUGAUUGGGAACAAAUCAGUGGUACAAGUGAAAAACUUUUUUGUAAAUUAUCGACGCCGCUUCAACAUAGAUGAAGUUUUACAAGAAUGGGAGGCAGAACAUGGGAAAGAAGAAACCAAUGGUCCCAGUAACCAGAAACCUGUAAAGUCCCCAGAUAAUUCUAUCAAGAUGCCUGAAGAGGAAGAUGAGGCUGCUUCUGUUCUGGAUGUCAGAUACGCGUCUGCCUCAUGAGAGACCCUGGUGGCUUUGAGCACUUGGUGUGGACGACCGUGCUAUCCAGGAUUCAGGUAUUACAGACAUCACCUGGCCAUCUGCAUCACGUCUCUGUGGACAAGCAGCUAUUACCAAAAAAGGCAUACACUUCCAGUCCCGUGCUACAUCUGCCUUAAUUCUCUGCUCGUUCCUCUGUGUUGGCGCCACUUCCCGGAGAGCUUUUUGCGUCUCUCGCUCUGCCUGAGUACGGGGGGGAUCCCGUGGCCUGCACGCCUCCCGCGACUCGGGACCGCCGCCUCAGUCGGAGCCCUGGCCCACCGACGGCAGCUCUGCCCUGUCAGCGGCUUCAGAACCGGUCGUCGACUCGGAAGGUGCGACUCUGUUCCUGCAUGGCCUGCAAUCUCUACUUUGUGCAUAAUGUAAUUUUCAGCGUAACCGUGACCCCAUUGGCCUUCUAGGAAGUUUCCUUUGUUCUUUUCUGAGGCACCCACCUAAGUGAUAUCAUGCUUCUUUGGAGAUCACAAUACAUUGGCAGACUGCAUCACAGCCUGUAUCGUGCCAGACACCCUGACACAACUCACAUGUCCCUGAACGCAGGUAUAAUCAUGGUUUAUAAAUUUGUUGGCUUCAGUCUCUCCCUUCUCCCUCCCCGCCUGGUAGAAAGCUCAUUCACAGCAGCUGUCCUUGGACACUGUAGCUUACAGGGAACAUGGACCUCAACACUUAUCUGCCUUCAGCUUUCAUCACUGUCACCCCAGGAUGGGCGCCAACCUGUCUGCUCCUGAUCCCCCGCCCCUCCCACCACCCAGCUCCAAGAGAAUUGGUCCAUACCACUGUACCUGGUGCUUGUAUAUUUGGAAUUGGUGCCUUCUCCUUUUUGGCAACCAUGUUUUCAUUGCUUUUUCUGUUUCAGUGUCUUAUUUCUUCUUUAAAGUUUAUUGCUUGCCAAAGAUGACAUCACUGAGAUUAGGAGACCGGGGAGAACUUGCUGCAGGUUCUUGACAGAGUGCAGAUUUUAAAUGUCAGGUUAGGGCAAUAAUAAAGGGUAUUAGAGUAGCUGGUGGUGGUUUUAUAAAAGCUCCGUGCUGUUUGUUUCCCAUCCUCUUGGUAUGCCUGCCCUUUUACCUGUUGCUCCACAUAGCCUCUGUGUCCGUCAUGUACGGAUGUGACCACGUGAGCACCAUCCUCUUUCUCAGUAGUGUGAGUAGUGUGUCAGUAGUACAGGACAGAGACGUGAUCAGUUAUUGGCUCUAGUGAGACCAAGACGGAAAGAAACAAGCUGCAAAGUGGUAUGUAAUGCCUUUUGGUUGGACUGGGAACAAGUACAAACGUUUAAUAAAUUUUCUAAAACUUCCAGAAUCACUUUUCUUCUCUUGCCAGACUGUGGGCUGCAGAGGGGUUGCGGGUAGACUGCGCGGUGCGCGCUAACGUGGCCCGUUCCCCGUCCAUGGCUGGCUCAGCCUGCACUAAUAUGUUGAAGGAGCUUUUUUGUUGUUGGUUUUUGCAUCAUUUACAUAUUUUUCAUGCUUUCAAUACCAAAAAGGAAAAAAAAAUUGCAAAUGCUUUAAGGCAUAAACAGAAUUCUUAAGAAUUUGAAAUAUGCAAUUAAAAUUUGAUGUGUUUUUUGUCCCAAGCACCUUGCCUGUUUUUGUUUUGUUUUGUUUAAGUCAGCUGGUUUCUCUUUAGGAAGAGGAUCAGCAAGAGCCUAGAUAUUUUGAAAUUGUACUUCUUUUUUGAAACCUGGAGAAAGGUCAUUCGAAAGGGGAGUGAGAUGGGUUUUUUCCGGUUCUCAUCGCUGGUCCCUACACGAGGCAUCUGUUGGUCAAGUAAGAGCCGGUGAAGAAGAGCGCCAGAGGAGCUGGGGGCAUCACAGCUCGCUGCUCCUGCCCGGACAGGACAGCACAGUAACACUAGUCACAAUGUAGGGGUCCUUUUGUCUUUAUCACGAGCCUGCUGCGUAAUUGGAAAAUGGCAGGAAACACACGGGCAAGAGGCGGCACAAGUUUUGCACGUCGCUUAAAGGGGACACUAGGCCUGAAAGAAGCAUUCGCGUCUCCUUGCUUCUUCUUGAGACCUCCUUCCUCUUAAGGGAAGCAGGAGGCAGGUUGCUGCGGUGGUUUCUCUGCCGGUAGAGCUGUCCCCCUCUUCACCCGCAGGCAGUGCUUGGCAGCGCCUGAAGGCUUGGUGCUGGGUCCUGUGUGGUGCGGCAGACACACCGGCAGUGCCAGGCCUCUGUGCUCAGACAUCCCCUGACCUGGUUGCCGACACCAAGUGGUCCCCAGUCCUGAGAGUCAUGGUGCUGGGGUACUUGCAUCACAGAAGCUGCAUUUCAGCUUUCUCUCCAAGGGAAAGGGGCGUGUUGCUUUCAUUUGCCAGAAGGAAAAAAAAGUAGUUGUCUUUGCCUGACUGCCUUCGUUGUAGUUUCGUGCAUAAGAUAGCACCGUGUUUUAAACUGUUUCAUUACACUGUCUUUGCAAUGAUGUUGUAAAUGCAAGAAAUCACUUAGCUUUAGAAGCCGAGUGAUUUGGUCUUACUUAUGGGAAGACCCUUGUUAACAUAUCGAGACUUCGGUGCAUCAGCAGGUUGUGUUUGGAUGACGAAGGGUCCACAGUGACAACUGCUUCGGAUGCAAUGUUCACUUAAGCUUUGUCUUGUUAAAAAUUAUCAAUGUGAAUGUCAUAAUUAUAUAUAUUUUUUUGUGGAAAAUUUCUCCUAAGUAUAAGUUAUUGUGCAAAGUAUAGUACCAUUGAAGCAAAUGAUAGUUUAACUUUUAGUUUAGAAGUCCUAAAAGAUAUAAAUUCUAUUUGCAUAUGCAUUAAAAGUUUGUUUUAUUUAAUUUUAUGUAGAUGUGUAAAGUGUUAGGUAAAAAUUUUUUUUCAUGUAUUCAUUUAAACACCUUGUUACUUGAAUAUUGUGUUGACUGGUCUGAAACAGUGAUGGACUCUGUAAUAUAGCUCUUUUAACCAGGAAGCACCCUGCCUCAGUUGUGCUGAUGAGAUGAGCAGGGGUGCAGGUUGGUGCUGGUGUCAACAGGAGCCCGAGGUUAGUGUACACCCCUCCCCCGCCCUGUGUCGUCUUGGCACGUGCGCGCCUGCCAGACACCAGUUCCUCGAGAUUGAUGACUUUUGGUAGUUUCUAACCUAUCAGACCCUUUGAUGGUCAUAGACCUCUAAUCAAAAAAUGAAAAAGAAAAAACAGUUGAGUUUUAAAAGCUUACUGUGGUGGCCUACCUUAGCAGCAGUUUUCUGUGCAUACAAAGGUUUCUCAAGCAUCACGCAGUGCUCUAAGCACGCUCCUCGCCACUUUAUGUUUCAACCAUGCCCUGUUUUUGUCUCUCUGAAUAUCAGAUGUACUAUUGGUAUAAUUGCAUACCAAAAAUAAGCCAAAUAGUGCAUUACACUAACUGGAUCCCUGCUUCUGUGAGCAAAGGACGGCUGGAGCCAGCUCACACGAGAGCCUCGCUUCUCCUGUCUGGCCUGAUCGAGAUCGCGUGACCCAGGAUUCAAGCUUCUAGUGAAACUUUGCCUCAAGUUGACUCACGGUAGUUAGCUGAUUUGAACCUAGUAACCUUGUGCAAUGCUAGCAAACACUCUGCCACCCCCCAGAUCUCUGCAGCUUCUCCUACUUAGAGUAAAGCACAAUUGCAGUAACAUCACAGCCCAGCAGAAGGAAGGUCAGCAUACCUAUGCAUGUUGUAUGAUAUCGAGUGUUUACAGCCCCUUCUCCUAAACUCAAGUUUGUACUGGAGCGGAUAGUAUUCCAUUACGUAGACUUAUCAACUUUGCUAAGUGCUUUUUAGACUGCUUAAAAUUUUUUCAAGAUUUUAAAAGAUGUAUAAGGUUAAGUUUGCAAAUAUAAUGGAAAUGCUGUAUAUCUUUUGAAGUGAUAAAAAUCCAUGUUGGAAUUUUAAAGAAAAUAUGUUGUAAUAAUGCUGUUGUAAGUAAUAUUUUAAUGUCUCUUUUUGCCUGUUUUCUAUCUCAGCACAUUCAUUGUGGUGAAUGUUCAUAGCAUUAUAAUUGCUUAGCCAUCGAAUGAUAACAUUUGUUAGUAGAGAUUGAAAAGUUUAUUUGUAAAAUUCUGCAGAAUUCAUUUUUCUAUUUCCAAUAUUUGCUGAGGUUAAAUAAAAAUUUUCAAGCCAUUGAUGUA